UCAUGUGAACGCUUGUACACUGUGAACGCGCAGAGGUCAGCUGACGCGCGUCACGUGACUGGAUCUCUCAGCAGCAGCGCGAGCAUGGCAGCAUCACAGCAGAAGGCAGUGUAUUGGCUGGGAAAUGACACUCUGAGAGUGUCAGCCGCCCUGUUUGCAGAAAACCGAAAGCGCCUGUGUCGUGCCCUGAAAGCAGAGAAGAAGCUGAAACCCGGAUCUGUGAUUCUGCUUCAAGGAGGAGAACAGCAGCAGAGAUACUGCACGGACACAGACGCGGUCUUCAGACAGGAGUCUUUCUUCCAUUGGGCUUUUGGUGUGACGGAGGCUGACUGCUAUGGUGCCAUCGAUGUGAACUCCAACAAAUCUGUCCUGUUUGUUCCCAAGCUGCCAGAGAGCUAUGCAACAUGGAUGGGCGAGAUCUUCCCACCCGAACACUUCAAGGAGAAAUACGCCGUGGAUGAAGUGCAUUACACCUCUGAUAUCGCUGAUGUCCUGGCCAAAAAGAAGCCAAGUGUCCUCCUCACGCUGCGGGGGGUGAACACAGACAGCGGCAGUACCUGUCGUGAAGCGUCGUUUGAAGGCAUCAGCCAGUUUGAGGUGAAUAACACUCUGUUGCACCCGGUCAUCGUGGAGUGUCGUUUACUUAAGACUGACAUGGAGCUGGAGGUCCUGCGCUACACAAACCGGAUUUCCAGCGAGGCCCACAAAGAGGUGAUGAGACGUGUGAAGGCGGGACUGAAAGAGUAUGAGAUGGAGAGUCUGUUCGAGCAUUACUGUUACUCUCGCGGUGGGAUGCGUCACACCUCAUACACCUGCAUCUGUGGAAGUGGGAAUAACUCUUCAGUCCUGCACUACGGACACGCUGGUGCUCCAAAUGACAAAACCAUUCAGGAUGGAGACAUGUGUCUGUUUGAUAUGGGUGGAGAAUAUUACUGCUACUCCUCUGACAUCACCUGCUCAUUCCCAGCCAAUGGAAAGUUCACAUCUGACCAGAGAGCCGUUUAUGAAGCUGUGCUCAAAUCCUCCAGAGCGGUCAUGGCCGCCAUCAAACCAGGUGUGAAGUGGACAGACAUGCAUCGUCUGGCUGACCGUGUUCAUCUGGAGGAGCUGGUUAAGAUGGGUAUUCUGCGUGGUGAUGUGGACGAGAUGAUGAAGGUUCAUAUGGGCGCUGUGUUCAUGCCUCAUGGUCUGGGUCACCUGCUGGGCAUCGACGUUCAUGAUGUGGGAGGAUACCCAGAGGGCAUCGAGCGCAUCGAUGAGCCGGGUCUGAAGAGUCUCCGUAUGGGUCGUGUGGUGAAGGAGCGUAUGGUCCUGACGGUGGAGCCGGGGAUCUAUUUCAUCAAUCAUCUGCUGGAUAAAGCCCUGAACGCAUCUCAACAGUGUAACUUCAUCAACAAUGACGUCCUGGCUCGCUUCCGCGGCUUCGGAGGGGUGCGUAUUGAGGAUGACAUCGCCGUGACAGCUGAUGGUGUGGAGCUGCUCACCUGUGUUCCUCGAACCGUAGAAGAAAUCGAGGCCUUCAUGGCGGAGGGGACGUCCAAACCCUUCAGUCCAAUCUAAAUCACUCCUGAAAUUCUGAUGAUGACACUCCUGUUCUGUAUCAUGUCUGGAUUUAUUACAGUUGAAUGAAUAUCUUUGAUAUUUCGUUCAAUAAAGGGAAAUCAAUCACACGUGAUGUUAGUGUGUGACAGCAGAUGCUUUGAUGACAGUGAGAUUCAUUCUGUAAAUCAAUAUAUGCUGCCUGAGCCAAUAUUUCAAUAUCACAAGUAUAACAAUGAAUUACAGGAUCAUUAUGCAUGAAUGUAGAACAUUUGAACAUUAAUUCUUGCAAAGUAACUCCCUGUGAUUUACUCUCAUAAUCAUAAUGACGGUUCUUACAUUUUUUAGCUGACUUGUGAAAACUCUUUUCAAAUUUUUAAUAAACAUCUGAUUGUUCUAGCAUCUAAAACUGCAUCUUAAUAUUUUUUAAAUGAUACCAGUUGGUUGGUUUGAUAGAGAAGUUUUUUGAUCUAUGAUCUUUGCUCAAGUUCCUUUAGAGGGAAAUCUAUUUUAAGGAGCCACUCUUGGUAUGUCUGAAAAUCACGAUGUCUCUUAUGAAAAUAUGUUUUUCUCGGCUAGUGCUCCUUUCCUGAUCCUCCUGCCCUCUCUCUUCCCCAUCACUUCAUAUUUUUCUCAACUGUCCUAUGACAAAUGGAAAAGCCUAAUAAAUGUGGGUAAGUGGGUAACCCACGUAUAAUGUGUAGAAAAUGAAUGAGGACUGAUCUGAUAAGUUUGAGGUGAAUCUACUGUAAGUACUGAAUGCUUAUCCUUACAAGGAAUGAUUUCUGUAUGAGGAACACAGAGAUAUAAAUGUAAAGCAAGUUCGAACCUGGACAUACAAAAUAAUACAAAAGAAGAUGCAAAAAGAGACUUAACUCCACUGGGUGAUGUAAGCACAAAUGUUCCUGAGUUAAUUCAACAUGAAUGUGAAACUGAAAAUUACUUAAAUCUCCUGAAAUCUAAACAAGUCUAUUGGAUUGAUUGAAAGGGUUUUAUAUAAGCAUUAACCUAAAGUGUGAACUACAAUUGUGUGCAUUUUUAUGAGCUAAUAAAUUUUAUUUUGAUCA